GAAAUGAUAUAUAAAAAUUUUAAGAUUAUUCACUAAUCAAUUGAGUUUAGCGCAUAUCACGCGUAAUCUCUACAAUUUUAAUAAAUUAUAUUUGAAAUGGAGAGGAGAUGACUACCUAAUAGAUUUUUUAUAUAGUUAAUUAUUUUUGUUUAAUUUAAGUAGCUGGGCACUUUGUAUAUAUGCGCAAACUGUUAAAAAUCUCACGUCGACUAAAUAUCAUAUUCAUUAAAGGCAUAUAAGACUGGUAAGCUAACUUAUUAAUUGGUUAAUACUAACCUUUUAGAUUAAUUGGCCUAAGCCAAAUAUUCCUCUAUUCUACAUUUUCAUCUCAUGGGUUUUAACCUCUUACCCAAUUUAUCUAUUUCUUUUCAAUUGGUAAUACAAACAAUUCAAGUUUACCCAAUCUGCAAUAUCUUGAUCUGAGUUACAAUCGCAUUAACAACUUACUCUCAUCACCCAAUGGAUUUCCUUCUUUGAAACAUUUGGAUCUAAGUUAUAAUUUUCUGAAAGGGAUAUUUCACAUGAAAGAAUUGGAUGGUCUGAGUAACUUAGAGGAGCUAGAUUUGAGCGGAAAUCAAAUAAUUAAGUUUGAAGCUAAGGAAGACACAAGAGGUCUAAGCAAGUUAAGCAAACUAACUCUGGAUAACAUCGCCACAAAUGGAAGAAGCUCUUCACUGCUACAAUCAUUGGGAGCAUUUCCAUAUCUAAAGAUUCUCUCUUUACAAGCAAAUGAUUUCAAAGGAAAAAUAUUUGCUCAAGAGUCGCAUAAUAUGAACAGCUUGGAAGAAUUGAGACUCGACUUUUCAUCGUUGAGUGAAAUCUCCCUUCAAAGUCUUGGAGCGCUGCCUUCUCUUAAAUUUUUAUCUCUGUGUGUUCUCGAAAACACCCUAUCAGCUCAAGGAUUGCCAAAUUUCAAGAGCCUAGAAAUUUUACACAUGAAUUAUUCCUCUAGUAGCAACGACAUCCUGGAAGUGAUGCAAAAAUGACCUCUCUUAAGGCUUUAUCAUUAUGGAAGUGUAGACUCAAUGGCACUAUACCAGUGGCUUCAGGCAUAUGCGAGUUGAAACAUCUCCAAUUUUCAGAUAUGAGCUAUAAUGAUCUCAAAGGUACAUUGCCUUGGUGCUUGGCAAAUAUGACAUCCCUUCAAAGUUCAGAUGUUUCUGGCAAUCAUUUUACUGGAAAAAUCUUCCCCCUUGGUGGAUUGACAUCCAUUCAAUCUUUAAGUCUUUCAAACAAUCACUUCGAAAUCCCAAUUUCACUUGGUCCAUUCUUUAACCAUACAAAACUCAAGUACUUUUAUGGUGAGGAUAAUAUGCUUUAUUCAGAAAUAAAAGUAUAUGAUUCGAUUCCAAAA